AUGGGUGUGGAAGUAGCUACUAACUACGCCAAAAUGGAAGAAGAUAUUAGUUUCACUGAUUCCCAACUGGUUUACAGCUUUAGGCUUGCCCUCAAGUCUGUUUCUUCGGGUGAUACUGAGAGCUAUAGCAAACUUGUAGAUGUCAUGAACCCUUCUGGGCGUCUUGCCCCUGAUGAGGCGGCCCUUCUUUUGACAAGUACUAAGGCACUAUCUGGGGCAGUAGCUGACAUUGAUGAUCUUCACCAUGAGAAACUUCUUAAAGCUAUAUUUAACCUGUCCCUGUGGAACUUUGGGCCUGAUGUGAUCGAUGCGUUGCUCGAGCUAAUUGUAUUGUUGGCUGCUUCAAAUGGAAAACAUGUUGAUUCAUGCUUGGAUAUGCUCGUAAGCAAUUUCACCCCUCCAAAUAAAGUGUUAGAUAUGCUAAAGCAACCACGUGGUCUGGACAAAAAAGAAAGAGUUCUUCCCCGUGUUCAUGCCGCUCUGAAAAAUAUCUCUGAGUUGGUUCCCAUGGCAGCAUCAAGGCUAUCAUCAAUUGUCUUGGAACAGAUGCCUUGGAAAUCUAAACGAAAUGUGGACCAAUGGUCUAUGAAGCGUCAACUUAUCUAUGUCGAGAACAUGUUCAAGUUGGAGAGUGGUGCAAUUAGGGAAUUUGUUGGUGCCAAUAUGCUGAAGGAUGUGAUGAUUGUACUGAGAGAUUUGGAUGUGGCAAUUGGCUGGGAUGACAUUUUGCAUGAUGAUUCUAGCAAAGGUGUAUUUAUGAUUGAGCUGGAAGAUGAGAACUAUGCUGAUGGUGAUGAAUAUGCAGAUGAAGAUGGCAAGCUUCCGAGCACGUUAAGUGAGACGAGUUUGUCCAAGAAUCUCACGGCUGAAUUGCUUGAUAGCUUAAUGGUGCAAACUUUUGAGCAUUUGGAGUCCUCUGUUUCGAAUAAGCGUUUGAGUGAGGUCUUCGAUACUCUCCUAAGUUCAUUUAAAGAUACUGUAUUAAACACAUACAAGUCUAAGUUCACACAGUUUGUAAUGUUCUAUGCCUGUGCCCUGGAUCCUGAACACUGUGGCACAGAAUUUGCUAGUGAGCUGAUUGAUAUGUUUGUUGGUGGUCAUAAUCCUCUUACCAGGAUGAGUGCUGUGGCAUAUCUUGCUAGCUUCUUAGCUCGUGGGAAGUUUCUUCCUCCUGCAUUUGUUGCUAGCUAUUUGGGAAGGCUGGUGGACUGGUGCUGGCAAUAUUGUGUGAUGCAUGAUGGUGAUAUGAACCCCAAACUCCAUCAAGUUUUCUAUUCUGGAUGCCAAGCAAUGAUGUACAUUUUGUGCUUCCGUAUGCGGUUGAUGGUGGAAAUCCCUUUGCUCAAAUCACAACUCUUUUGCAUGCCUAUAGACAAAAUCUUCAAACAUAAACUCGAUCCUCUGAAGGUUUGUUUGCCAUCAAUUGUUGAAGAGUUCCUUAAACAGGCAAAAGCUGCCCGUCUAUUCACCUCGUCCAAAACAUUCGUUUUCGAGGAUCUACUAGUGUCAAAUCUAUCUAGAGACUUUGGAGGGUUGGAGCGGCUCGACAUGUUCUUCCCAUUUGACCCAUGUCUUCUGAAAAAUGCUGACAGAAGCUUCAUAAGGCCGAACUAUGUGUACUGGAAGUACGUCAGAACCACAUACCAUGAAGAUAUUGAUGAUGAUGAUGAGGAAGAUGGUAGCGACGGGGAAGUUGAGGGUGUUACGGAGUUUGAUGAUGACAUGGAAGAAGUGAUAAUAUCAAGGAGUUAUGGUGAUAAUGAUCUUGAAAUGGAUGAAUUUGAUUAUGCGAUGAACAAAAUGUCUAUCACCCCCAGGAAUAACAGCAGCGCAGGAUUGAGAAUGCCUUCAAGAAUCAGGCCGUCCAUGAGUCCAGAAUCCUUGUGA